GUUUUGAAUGGGAACGCAUCGCACCACAGCAGUAACCUAAUCCCCUGGCUUCUCCUUAGUCUGACAACAGGACAGGGUUUCUGCUCACACUCAGCAGCAUGAAGACCCUCCGCCUCAGCACUUUUCUGUCUGCAUGUGUGAGUGUGUGCGCGUGCAUUUGGCCUUGUGUGUGACUCUUGGUGUGUGUGUGCCUCCGUGUGUGUGUGUGUGUGUCCGUGCAAAAGACUGCAUUAUUGAGGAGAAGGGGAAGGAAGAAGUGAAACGGGACGGGACCGUGUGUGUGUCGAAGAGAUGGGAGAGAGGAGUACGGUGCAGCAGCACAAGCAGCCUCCCUAUGAUGGUGGGCUCUGCAACUACGCCCAGAAAAUCGGCUCCUGCUUCGGACUGGACGUGGCACAUGCUCAGGACGCACACAAUUCCAAUGAGAAGCCUCUGAUCCAGUGCUACAAGUGUGGGGAGCCAUGUAAGGGUGAGGUGCUGAGGGUGCAGUCCAAGCACUUCCACCUGAAGUGCUUCACCUGUAAAGUGUGUGGCUGUGACCUGGCUCAGGGAGGCUUCUUCAUGAAGAAUGGAGACUACCUGUGUACCCUGGACUACCAGCGAAUGCACGGGACGCGCUGCAAUGGCUGUGGGGACUUUGUGGAGGGAGAGGUCGUCACUGCUCUGGGCAAGACCUACCACCCUGCCUGCUUCGUCUGCACCAUCUGCAAACGACCAUUUCCGGCUGGGGAUAGGGUCACCUUCAAUGGCAAAGACUGUCUGUGUCAGUACUGUGUCCAGCCCACAUCCCCAGGACCCGGCAAAGACAUCAUCGACUCCAACUGCUGUACGGGCUGUGGUAGAGACAUUAAGAAUGGUCAGGCUCUAUUAGCUCUGGAGAGACAGUGGCACCUGGGCUGCUUCAAGUGUAAGGCAUGUCAAAAAGUCCUCACUGGGGAGUACAUCAGCAAGGAUGGCACACCCUAUUGUGAGAAGGACUACCAGGUCCAUUUUGGGGUCCAAUGCGAAGCCUGCCAGCAGUUUAUCACAGGCAAAGUGCUGGAGGCAGGGGACAAACACUACCACCCCAGCUGUGCACGAUGCAGCAGGUGCAACCAGAUGUUCACAGAAGGAGAAGAGAUGUACCUGCAAGGAUCAACAGUGUGGCACCCUGGCUGUAAGAACACAACCAGAACAGAGGAAAGACAUAGGGAACGGCUGUUGCCUCCGUCACUAUUACUCCUCCACAAAACAGAAAGGCAGCCUUCGAGGUCGUCGUCCGAGAGUAUCUGUUCCAGACCUGGUUCAAGCAUACCUGGCUCACCGGGUCAUACCAUAUAUGCAAAAGUAGACAAUGAGAUCCUUGAUUACAGGGACCUAGCCGCCAUUCCCAAAGUCAAAGCCAUUUAUGACAUAGAGCACCCUGAUCUGAUUACCUAUGAGCCUUUGUACACCAUGUCCCUGGAUGAGAGGGAGGAGAGGAGGGAGAGUGUGGGAGAGCUCCAUACUGCGAGAAGGGAGCGUUCCUCCAUGCCAGACGACAAGUCCUCAAGAAACAUGUCACCUACACCAUCUGCAGAGGGCUGCUAUGACAUGAGGGAACGCAUCCUCCAGAGGUCCACCAGUCAGGGUUCUAUCGGAUCACACGUCUACAAUCGCAAUAGUUACACCCCGUUGUCACGCUCACCGCAGCAUUUUCACAGACCAGAAACUCUGACAGGCAUGCAGAAGCUCUGCUCUGACCUGUGCAGUAACAGCCAUAGUGACUCCCGCCCCACCUCCCCUUUCAGACACCACUUCCUACCCCAUAGCCAAGGCACUGAUCCACCCAGCGGGCGGAGCUCCCCUAUACCCCAACGGCCAGAGAGCCGGCCGGUCACUCCACCUCUCUCUCUGACCCCUAAACAUUUCCACCUCCCAGAUCAGGGGAUCAACAUUUACAGGAAACCACCCAUCUACAAACAACACGAUUCACCCGCACCAAAAAGAAAGUCUGCUGAUGACAUCAUCAGAUCCGCUACGUUUCCUGCCGCCCAUGUCCCCCCUCUGGAUGACACAUCACCGACCGAAAACGACCACUGGCCCCCCUGCUCUCCCUCCCUGACCCUGGCUGCCUUAGGUUCAGAAGGAGGAAGGAGACGGUCUAGGGAAGAGGAGGAAGAGGAGGCUAUGAAGAGAAAGCAGAUCCAGGAGGAGCAAAUCAACAAGAUCCAGUCUGGUUUGGGGAAGCUGAUAAUGAAAGAGGAGAAUGAAAAGGAGCAGAUCAGGGAAGGUCAUGCACGCAGCCAAUCAGCUCAGCGCUAUGAACCUCAGCAGAACAACUAUGAUGGAGAUGAUUCCAAAACUUCCUCGCUGCCUGGUUAUGGACGGAAUGGAUUACACCGGCCUCAGUCCACAGAUUUCACUCAGUACAACAGCCAUGGGGACAUGUGUGGGGGAGGAAGAGAGUUUCAGCACAUAAGGGAUGGCUGUGCCGCAGUAACAAGAAUGGACAGGGGAGUAUCUAUGCCUAAUAUGUUGGAACCAAAAGUCGUACCAUAUGAAAUGCUCACGAUAACCAGUAGAGGGCGAGCUAAACUGCCCAGGGAGGUGGACAGAACAAGACUGGAGCGCCACUUAGCCCCAGAAACGUUCUUUGACAUCUUUGGGAUGGAGAUCCAGGAAUUUGACAGGCUUCCACUGUGGAAACGCAACAACAUGAAAAAGAAGGCCAAGCUCUUCUAGCAGUCAGAGCAGCAUGCACUCAUCCCAUCCCAUAAGAUAGCAAUCUACUCUACCACUGUAACAUAGAUGUAGGAUUUGUUUUGAUUUUCCCCCUUUCCCUCUUUUUUGACAUGUUCAAGGAAGCAACGAAAUGGACUCUUUUUACUUUAAACUUCCUCUACGGACUGAAUACAUAAUUAACGAACCGAUAGAUGCUACAAGGAAAUAGAAUAAACCCAUUUCUUAAGUGUUCAAAAAUGAAAAAGAACGAGAAAGAACUAUAAAUUAGGUCAUGUUUUUUUGUUUUUUUACUGCUGCGCUUGUUUUUUUUUUUUUUUUUCGCUUUGCUUUGAAUGGAGCUGCUUUUACUUUCCUUCCCUUUUCUUUAAUCUCAUGGCACCAAAUGGAACAUGUUCUUCACAUGCGAAACUGGAAUGUCUGUCUGUCAGCUUCAUAAGUCAAUGGUCAGCUUGCCCUCAUUUUGGCUGAAACAUUUUAGACCCGUGUUGGCGUCAAAUCAAAUGGCUUACAGUCUUCAUCAUGGAAAUAUUGGGUCUUGCCAUUUCUUUAUGGCUCUAGUACAUAAUAUGAGUCCAAAUCUUCAAACACUGCUCAGCUUGCCUUAGCACCUAACCAUGUUACUCUCACUGGCAUCAGAGUCUGGAAAAGCCAUCAAUCAAAACAAUAUAAUGUGGUUUCCAUAUAGAUCCGGGUUAUAUUCAUUAGGGCAUGCAACAUUUUAAAAUGUUAUGUAAUGGGAAACUGAAAUGAGCGUGGACAAGUCCAAGUAGUCCCUCCCUUUUUCAGUUUGUUUUCUUCCAUUUGAUGCCUAUUAAAUAUGACCCAGGUAGCUUCUUCAACAAAACAGUUUAUCCUAUCAGGCUCCCAUGAAAACGACCCAAUUUACUUUUCUGUUGGUUAAAUUGGAGAAGCAAUUGCUAUUUUACUCACAAAUAUUCAACAAACACCACCCCAAAAAAUACAACAUUAAAUGUACAAAAAAUAACAACUGUAUUUAAAAUGACUGUUUUAUAAAUGAAACCCACACUGCCAUUUGUUGUAUUGAAAUAUAAGCAAAAAUAAAGCUUUAAAUCCCUGUGUAUGAUACACCAAAGGUA